UUUUGUAGAUGUGUGUUGCAUUAAGUGAAAAGGCCAGACGUCAUAAUAAACUUAUAUUAUUUGUGAUUGAUACAGAAUGAUUGUUUUCUAAAUGAAAUAAAAUAUCAUGAAGGACUUUCAUAUUGAUUGUGUUUUAUAAUCUGCUGUGGAUACCAGCCAUCUAACUGGGCUAUGAAUAACUUGAGUGUACACAUCUGAAUGCAUAUGUACAUCUACUUUUUCUAUUCAAUCCUGAAGUAAAAACCCUAUGACCUGACUUGGUCUGUAAAUGUGUGUGUGUUUUAACGUAAUGGACGGGAAUCUGGCAGCAUAAAUAAUUUUGGAAAACAACAUGAAAAUUGGUUUACAAAAAAUGCCCCGUAAAAACGAGCCUCUCUAGAUUUAUUAAUCUAGUAAAUAGUCCCUGUAUUUGGUCGGCCUCAUAAAAGGAAGUUCAAUAUCAUGUGUAAAACCCAUAGCUUCCAAACAAAAAUUAAGAAGUGGAAACCUUUGGAAAUGGGAAAACAAAUUGAUAAUAAAAAUGAGGUUGAGAAAAAAGUUAUGAAAUUAUGUUGUAAAUCCACAAACCACAAAAUCACAUCAGUAUUUAAAACCGAUUUAUUCCCGCAAAAUGCUUCCCGGAACACUGGUGUUGUUGAAUGUACAACGAAGGUCAAACGGUUAAAGCUGAGUUACUUUGGUCGCAUCUUUGUCUCCCUCUUACGUCGAAUAAUGGUUUUACGUCAACGUCAUGAUACGGUCUUCUUAUUUUUGUUCUUGAUUUCUGUUCACCAACUUUGUUUGGCGCAGACGAUAUUAAUGGAUGAAUUAAGUUCAAGAGAUAAUAUAACCAUUUCGCAAGAGAAGUCGAAUGAAAAUAGUAACUUUGGCAACAACACGGGAAGUAAAAUGAUUUCCGGUACCUCUAUGAUAGUACAGAAGGAUUAUUUGGAAAAAUUAAAUAACAUUGAGCGCAGUGUGGCAGCCGUUUUAAUAAAAGUAGCAUAUGGUACCACCUCUACAACGAAGCGAAGCAUCCCAGAUACUAAUUAUUCCUCAAGUCUAACGACUGUUGCCACUCCAUUUCUGACAACGCAAAGGUAUACGCAAAUACAUCAACAACAAAGUAUCAGUGGUCGUCAGAAAAACUAUGAACUAGACUUAGAGAGAGACCAUGCGUUGCCAACUUCCGCUCCGAACGCUGACAUACUUAAAAGUAACAACAAUCCUACUUAUCCAAAUCCAAAUCGUCACCAUUCGCACGAUAGAGAUCGUCAGAGAAACACAGUGCAGUAUUCGACGCCGAACCCAUCCGUGCCCAACCUAUUAAAAAAGUUUAACGGAGGGCAACCACCCACUAUACCAAUGUAUCCCGGGGAUAUUCCAUCAUAUUCGCCGCCAUCACGAGCCUUUUUCACACCGCCGCUGCCGCCGGAAUAUCAAAACCCAUUUGCAGACAAGCCCACCUUGAGGGGGACCAAUAAUGAAGGUAUAAUUGCAAUGAACAGGCGUCCAAUCCCACCACCUAGUUUAAUGCCUAGUCAGGACCGGAUCCCCAUUCGACCGCCAGAUCUGGGAAGCAAUAGUAACGAUGCAAUUGUGAGUCCGCAGGCGGAAAUAAAUUACUCUAGUUCUGGCUACGAUGCAAAGCACCCUCAUGACGGCACUAUUGCCCAUGAAACCGUCUCCGAUUUGUCGGUAAGGGAUCGUAAGAAAGCUCUUAAUACACCAGCACGUGCCAGCAGUGAAGACUUUAUAAACGAAAAGACAUCCAACGGAAAGGGGGGCCUAGGGUCUCAAGAACCGGGUGUCACUGAAUCCAUCAAACGACAGGAAGUUCUACCCAAUAUAAGGCGCAUUUUGGGCUCGAAUGGAAAGAAUAGCGACAUACCAGCUGUGCUGUUAAAGCAAGUAACCCAGCGACCCCUUGUAACCAUGCGGCAACCACCAUCUUCCCCCAUUGUAUUGAUCGACAAGUCCAUAACAAAUGAGGAGAUCACAAAUACUGGUGGAUCAUUCACGGCUAGUGCGAACAUUAAUCAGAGCAAAUACCAGCCCGGACAAUUGGACUACUAUGAGAAUACAAAUCAGACAACAGGAACAACGCCAUCGGCAGCUGCUGCCAUUGGUGAUGUCUCGGCCACCACAAACGCGAGCCUCGAUCGACAUGCCGAAAAGGCAGCAGACUCUGCCAAUGGGUUGGGUCCAAGCAUUGGCGAUCGCGAUGCAGUUGCGGCCUCAGCAGCAGCUGCAUCUGCACACACGACUUGGACUUGGGCCUGGAAUAUCCAUAUUUACUUGUCCGUGGUACUCUUUACAAUUUUAUCGGUUUACUCACUUUACAAGCUGCUUACCUAUAACAAGCUUACUCAUUUGUUUGCCCAGUCAUAUUUUGUCUGUAUCCAUUUUAUACUGAUUGUGAUCUGUAUAAUGAGAAUAUUUUUCCUUUGCUUUGAUGCAUACAACGUCCAUGGUUCUUUUAAUAUAUUCACAUCAGAACUCUUGCUCAACCUGCCAUCUACAUUCUUAACAGUGGCUUUUUCAGUACUUAUAUUGUUUCUGUUUCUUAAGUCUUUGAACCACAAGAACAAUCGAUAUUCGGCCCUAAUAAGACCACUGACCGUGGUCGUGGGUUGCGGAGUACACGUUGGGCUUUGCAUUACCCUGCACUAUGUUGAAUCGUAUACAUUGAAAAAUCAUCAUUUGUAUUUUCAACAACAGCAGCAGCAACAGUAUAUUCGUCGGCAGCAGCUUUAUAAUCAAGCCCAAUUGACUGCCACCACAUCUCCGUCUGCCAUUGUACCACCACCCCGAGUGUUGACUCUGAUAUGUCAGAUAAUUUAUAUUUUUAUAUGCCUCAGCUUGGGGCUUCUAUAUCUCUACAUGUACAGAAUUUUAAAGCGCAUUCUUCGCAGUAAAUCUCAAAAUUAUAUUCAUGGCUAUCAGAACCUUUCGUACGCCAUACAUAUAACGAUUGCCACAGCUCUUCUGUUUGUCCUAUUGGCUGCGCUCCAAAUAUUUGGAGCCAUAUGCAUUUCGCCGUCCCGUCAAACUAAUAUAGUCGAUGUUGACUGGCUACAAUGGGGAUAUCAGUUCUCAUUGCGCCUUAUAGAAAUAGCCAUAAUAACGUUAAUAUCUUGGGUAACUGGGCUCAAGACCAGCAUUGGGCACGAUUCCUUGACCGCUGUAAAUGGUGACGUUCGAAUGGUUGGCUCUGCGGUUCGAGCUACAUACUGCCAGGAUGGCAGCUCAACCAACAAUCCAAUCAGGGAGAAAAAUUUGGGUAACGGCGGUACUGCAGGCCACAACUCAAAUGUGUCCAAUUUCUUUCUGCCAUGCACAUCGAGCUCUAGUCAGGAGCAGUUUGAGACCGACUAUCCAGCUAUUUGCAACGCCAAUACCAAUCUUCAUACAUACACUAUGCGGACGGGAAAGCUGAUAUAUGACGACAGCUAUGCCCUAAAUUCUAUAGGACCCACUGGCGCUCUAUCUUCAAACGGUCGCAUUUGUGAAUAUCAACUGCAGGAGCCAAUGUACCAAAGGCCAUAUGAGACUGGUUCGAUUGGCAGUGGUCUUAAUAGCCAAAACGCAACAGACUAUGGGUGUCAAGGUACACAGAAAUUCAAGCAACACUAUCAAGCCCAUCAAUCUCGAUUUCACGAGCAGCAGACAUAUAUGUGCACGGAUUAUACGACUGAUACAGUGCCAGACCAUUACGAAAAUCCAAAUUUUAAUUUACACAGCAGUGCAGUAGGAGAUAAAUCACAGAAGGAAAUCUUUGAACAAAGUAGUUCGGGAUCUUCGCAUCUGCAGAACGACGGUUGUUAUUCGGAGCCAAUGGAGCAGGAAAAGAAGCGGUAUGAAUUUAAUAUUUUUGAGCGACCUGUGUUCAAGGAUAAAUCAGUUAAUAACGUUCAAUCGAACGGUGAUCCAGAUCGACAAAAGAUAAAGAUAACUGAUCGCGAGAAAGUGUUGAAUGGCAAUGGAACAACACUUGAGCGUAAUUUCUUUGAAAAAAAGAAUCCCGAGCGCCGAAGUUCGAACUCAACCAAUUCCUGCUCCUCAUCGAAUGGUGGAGGGGGACGAUAUGCCAGCUAUAACUCAUGUGAGCGAGGAUUCUUCAGUGGUGUUCGCAAAAGUGGAACUCUCAGCAGUAUUACCAGUGGUGUCAUAACAAAUCCUCCAAAUGCUUCCAUUGGAGCUCAACGGAUUAGUGCCAAUGGAGCGCAGACUUUGGGCAUUUCCGAAAGAGAUAGAGCACACUAUUACCAGAGAGGUAGUGGACGUCGUUCGAACUUUAGAUCAAUGCAGGGUGGUACUGGUACGGAUCCUUUUAAAAGUAAACCCAUUAGGCAGAAUCAACUACAACAGCUACCUUAUGACCAUAACUCCGAGGAAGAGGAGGAGGAGGACGAAGACAUAAUAUCAGGAAACAAUGUAGAGUGUACAAAUUUGAUAAACAAUGAUGCUAGUUUUGUAACAGCCGAAAAUUCAAAUCCAAAUUCCGAUUCCACUAAUAGCAAAUCGUCCUUAGCACAUGCCAGCCCAGCAGCAGCUAAAAAUUUAUCAAAUGAUCCGCUUUUACAUUCGAAUAUACAAACCCAAUAUCAUAUUCAAAAUAAUGGCAAGCUCUGUUCCGAGUUGUGCACUGCUUCGUCGGCCUCAGUGGCGUCUGCCUCUUCGAAUUCGUUUACAACAUCAAGUGCUUCUGACAGUAUGCUGGUGGCAGACCACGGCUUUCUGCGAUUUCGGUCCAUCGAGGAGCCAAAUGGCGUUAAAAAUGGAUCGAGUGUGGAUAGUGAAAGGGCAGUUGUAUCUUCGCUUCGUCUCAAAAGUUGCAGUGCGACUGUCAAUGGCAUUGAUUGCUAGGAUUAAUUUACCCCUGAUACUUAGCUUUGCAUGUCAUAAUUUUGUUUUUCUAACUUACUAUCAAUCGAACGCUGCUGUGUUGAUUGUCGUCGGUUUAUGCCAAUAAAAGUAGUUAAAUUACCACCUUCUACUAUCUUCAAACUUGUGAUAUAUAUAUAUAUAUAACAAAAUAAAAGCGAAAAGCUGAAUAAAUUCAAUAUAUAUACGAAAUUUCAGUAUACCAAUUUAUAAUACUAACGAUGAAAUAUUUAAAUUUAAAUAAAACAAACAAUAUUUUAAUGCUAAGAUGUAAGUUUCAAGUUUAUAUAAUGUUUCUGUGUUCACAAGCUCAUUUAUCUUAUAACCCAUAGAUAAAUUUGACUGUUCAUAAUGUAUAUUUUGUCGAACCGAUCCAUUACUUACUGAUUUAAUUGAUAUAUAAUUCGAAUAUUAAUUUUAUUUCAUUUUCAAAACUUUUUUGUGAUUGCCAAAUUUUUUUUUACUAAUAAAUUCUGUUCCCCGUUUUCACACAAAAAAUAUUUAUUCAAGAAUAGUAAACAUUUUGAUAAAGGAUUUGUUCAAAAAUUAUGUAUUAAAAAUACUUAUGAAAUCUUAAGUGUUUUUAAAAACAAAAUCUCACAUUAAUAAUUAUUAGUUAUGAAUAUUUUUUGUAUGAACAUUUGAUUUAACAAAAAUUACUAAAACGCACGUAAAAAAUCCAGUUUUUUAACAUAUCAAUUUUCACAAAUCGUUUUCAAAAGGCAGGAGUACAUAAUAUUUUAAAUAAAUUUCGUUUUACUUUGUUUCUUACAAACCAGGGGAAAAGUGAUUUUUAAAAUAAAUUUAUUAUUUGAGUAUUAAGAUUUAUUACAUAUAUACUAAGAAAUAGGCUCGAAAAAUGCGUUUAUUAUAAGUAAAGCAGCUUGUUUAAAAUAAAAGUUAAAUAAUAGUACUGAUUAGUUAAGGCUUAUGCAUUUUCUAUUGUUAACUUGAUCAAACAUAAAUGUAUUCCUAAAAACUUGCAAUAAGAGUAACAUAUAUAAUGUUAUAGUCUUAAUCUUUCUAUGCAGCACCAUCAAAACAUAAUAUACAUGUUAGGAAGCCAUAAAUGAAUUACAAUUACUAUGAAACAUCUGUAUAUAUUUUCAUAAUUUUAUGGAAUAAUAAUAUGUUUAAAAAACUAACAUUUACCAAUAAUAUUUCCAAAUUAUAAUUAAUCUUUAUUUUCUAAACUGACAAAGAAAAAAAUGUAUGCGUAUUCUUAAUGUAAUUAUCUUAAUUAAGCUGGCCACGCAAAAUAAAUAUAAAAUACUACA